CCAAGCCCGGCCUAGCCGACCCGGCCCGAGGUCCAGAGCAGAGGGGAGGAGCGGCGCCCGGACCCUGCGCUCGCUGAGCGCCCUCCAAGGUAGGCGAGCCCCUGCGAUCUGCGGGCAGGUCAACCCUCCCGCCCCCCAGAGUCAAAUGUCAAUUACAGGAAUCCAUCUUCAUCCUUCUCACCUUUUGGAAAUUGGAGUGGACAUGCUCCCCCUGUUGUGUCUGUUCACCAACAGCAAGAAGGCUCGCUCAAGCAUUGAGCUGUAAACUUCUUCUAAUUAUAUUGCUGGACUUCACAAUGACGGCAGUAACAGUGACCACGACAGUUCCCCUGAAGGGGAAGAUAGAAGAUAAUUCUGCCUCGUAUGAGUCCACAUCAGCUCACAUUAUUGAAGAAACCGAAUAUGUGAAAAAGAUUCGAACUACUCUGGAAAAGAUCCGAAAUCAAAUAUUUAAAGAUGAAGUAAGACAUAAUAGUACAAAUCACAAACAAGAUGCAAAGCACUGUGGACACAUCCAAAAUGGCUUUGACUCUGAACUGGAUCCCUCUUGUUGCAGUUUGGAUCUGCUCAUGGAAAGGAUAAAAGGAAAAGACCUACAGCUCUUAGAAAUGAACAAAGAGAAUGAAGUGUUGAAAAUCAAGCUCGAAGCCUCCAGAGAAGCAGGGGCAGCGGCUCUGAGAAAUGUGGCCCAGAGAUUAUUUGAAAACUAUCAAACACAGUCUAAAGAAGUUAGACAGAAGCAUGAGGACAGUAGACACUUACUCCAGGUUAACACACUUGAAAAAGAACAGAAAUUGAAGCAACAUGUUGAAAAUCUGAAUCAAAUUGCUGAAAAGCUUGAAGAAAAACAUAAUCAAAUCACAGAACUGGAGAAUCUUGUACAGAGAAUGGAAAAGGAAAAGAGAACACUGCUAGAAAAAAAACUGUCUUUGGAAAACAAGCUGCUGCAUCUCAAAUCCAAGGCUACAUAUGCUAAAAGUUGCCAGGAUCUUCAAAAGGAGAUUUCCCUCCUCCAGGAGCAGAUCUCUCAUCUGCAGUUUGUGAUUCACUCCCAGCAUCAGAACCUGCGCAGUGUCAUCCAGGAGAUGGAAGGCUUAAAAAAUAAUUUAAAAGAACAAGAUAAAAUAAUUGAAGAUCUGAAAGAAAAAGUUAACAUACUGGAAGCCCAGAACAAAGAACUAAAAACCAAGGUGGCACUUUGGUCUGAAACUCCUAGGCCGAAGGUAUCCAAGGCUGUCUCUACAAGUGAAUUGAAGACUGAAGGCAUGACCCCAUAUUUGAUGUUGGUUAGGCUACGGAAAUGAGCCGCCUGGCUGAAGAUCUGAAUGAGAAAAAUCACUACCUGCGUCUUAUUUACUCCUUGAAACACAGUCUAAAUUUACAUAUUAAAACUGCUCAAUGCCAGUAUUUAAUGGAAUUUAUUGUAUUAUAUUUAAUGUAUACAUCAAUAACUUUGCAGGAAGAUGACAUUUCAGAAAAUCAAACAAAUAUAUAUUCAAAGAAAGGAACUCUUUCUUCAAAACGUACUAAUGGAUGAAGAAACCAGAUGCUUUCCCAUGAUGGAAGAUGAAUUUUGCUUUAAACUUAAAAAAAAAAAAUGAAUUUUUUUUUUUUUUGGCAGAGUUUUGCUGAAGGGACUGGUUAAGGUUGUCAACUUUGACCUUUUGAUAGUGGUUUUUAUGUACAAUCAUCCCUAGGUAUCCACAGGAGAUUGGUUCCAAGAGCCCCCUCGGGUACCAAAACCCAUUCGGAUGCUCAGUCCCAUAUAUAAAAUGGCAGAGUGCAGUUGGCCCUCUGUAUCCAUGGUUUCCACAUCCAUGGAUUCAACCAAUCAUCAGUGUGGAACCUGCAGGUACAGAGGGCUGACUGUACAUAAAUGUAAGGAAAAAUAUACAGGCAUGCUUCCUUUUACUGUGCUUCACAGACUCUGUGGUUUUUUUUUUACAAAUUGAAGGUUUGUGGCAACCUUGCGUUGUCAGAUGAUGGUUAGCAUUUUUUGGCAAUAAAAUGUUUUUAAAUUAAGGUAUGUAUAUAUAUAUUUUUAGAUAUAAUGCUAUUGCACACUUAGGCUACAAUAUAGUGUAAACAUGACUUUUAGAUUCACUGGGAAACCAGAAAUUUCAUGUGACUCGCUUUGUUGUGAUAUUCUCUUUAAAUUGGUGCUCUGGUACUGAACCUGCGAUAUCUGUGUGUGUGUAUGUGUGUGAAUAAAUGAUAUAUUUUAAAGUUGACUUUUGGAUAAUAACAAAUAUCUUACCGUGAUAUAAAUUCAUCUCCUAUUUAUGCCACAUUGAAGAUUUUUGGUAAUGCAUUUCCUGGCACAUGUGUAGGGGUGUUGGGAUCAUGAAUUCUGCUUUAAGCAUCUGCUGUGUGGUAGGAGAUUUCACCUUUCACUUGGAGAUCACUUAGGUUCCUCUUAUACCCCAACCAUCAUGCUGGGUUGUAAUAAAUGUGAGCUUUUGGAAUGGACCCAUCUAACUGACCUAACAACCUGGAUGAUUUCCAUUAGAAUAAUGAAUUUUCAAAUCAAAAAUGGAAGGACACUGUUGAAUUUUAUUUGGGUUUCACUAUAUUCAUUUUUGAACACAGAAGUACAGUUCAAUGUAAUACAGGUAGGACCUGCUCAUGUGGUCUCCAGCUUCACUUUGGGAUGGUGUUUGGAUCUCUUGAGAAUAAGAAUAAGCAGCUUCAGAAGUCUAAAAAGAUCUGAACUCUUCAAAUACAAAAGUAUUGUUUUACUAACAUCAGUAGAUCAUUUAUUUGUCAGGUAUAGAUUAUUUCCUAUCUCCUCAUCUUUUCGGCUUCAUCAUUUGAAUUGUUUCUUUAAAUAAACAUUUCUGAGUGAUUAAAAAAUCAUUACAAUGGAGAAUGAAAUUUAUUAGUCUAAAAGUAGUACCACACAAAAUACAAAAACAAAAACCUCAAUUGUAGUCAAAGUAUUUGUACUUAUAAUUAUACUAAUCAAAAUAUUGGAUAAGAAGGUCUGAGGGGCUUCCCUGGUGGCGCAGUGGUUGAGAAUCUGCCUGCCAAUGCAGAGGACACAGGUUUGAGCCCUGGUCUGGGAAGAUCCCACAUGCCGCGGAGCAACUGGGCCCGUGAGCCACAACUACUGAGCCUGCGCGUCUGGAGCCUGUGCUCUGCAACAAGAGAGGCCGCGAUAGUGAGAGGCCCGCGCACCGCGAUGAAGAAUGGCCCCCGCUUGCCACAACUAGAGAAAGCCCUCGCACAGAAACGAAGAUCCAACACAGCCAUUAAUAAAUAAAUAAAGCACACCUAGUAUAGUGUAAUAAAAAAAAAAAAAAAUUGAUUAAAAAAAAAAAAGAAGGUCUGAGGUGGGCUAUGAAGUAACUACA